AGGAAGGGAGGGAUGGAGGAGGAGAGCGCAGGCACUGCGGGAAGAAUAGAGAAACAUGAACCCCAUUCGCACAGGGGAAAAUAGAGGGAGGACUGAGACACACGCCGUGUGAUUAUUGUAGAAGCGGCCAUUACAUUGAGCAGCACGGAUGGAAAAAAACAUAAUAUAGCUGGUACCGGUGAGUCAAGAGCGCAUUGACAAAGGAAUAUAAGAAGCACUAGCCGGAUACCGUUUCAUUGAGGCCUCGUAUCUGCUUUCGGAAGGAGCCGAACGGACCGCCCACCGCACAUAGACACACACAUACUUGAGAAGCGCACACAUAUAAACCCAAUCACCGGCUCGCACGCGCUACAAUGGACUUUAAAUACGAUAACCGCUGCGAUUCUGAUCUAAAUCAAUGAAAGAUGGGUUUAUUUAGUUGUACAUCUAGAUUUAAACCUUUUCUGACGUUUAACCGUCAUAUAUGAUAAGUGAUAUUUACUCUAAAGAUAGAUAUUUACGUAUUUUUAUUUAUCUAAUCUUGUUUUGACCGCACGUUUAUAGGAACCGCUGGUCCAAAGUAGCUUUGUUUCACUAGAUUUAUUUAAUUAACCGUGUUUACGAACGCCAAAUAUAAUAUAAUACGCUUUAGAAACAUACUGAAACGUGAAUAAGUCGGUAUCCACUGUGGAUAUUUAACCCAAACCGGACUUGACAGCUGUUGUCGGACGACUGGGAUCCACCGUCCUGGAUUACUCUAUCAGCGGGCCGCUGUGAGUCGGCCAGCGGGAGUGAGAGACGCUAUGGCCGGCUACAUCCCGGGCUUACUCCCGGCGAAUCACUCCCAGGAAAAGGAGUUCGCACAGGCGUAUGAGGAUGUGCUGGAGAGAUAUAAAGAUGAACGAGACAGGGUGCAGAAGAAAACUUUCACAAAAUGGGUCAACAAACAUCUCAUAAAGGUGCGAAAACACAUCACAGACCUGUAUGAGGAUCUAAGGGAUGGGCAUAACCUUAUUUCCCUGCUUGAGGUGCUGUCUGGUGUUACAUUGCACAAGGGCGUGUCGACUCUGCGGAGAACAUCUAUGUCACGCGCACCCCCACUCAUCCUGAUGGGUGGGGAGGAUGAGGAGGAUGGAGCUCAGGGACCCAGGGAAAAGGGUCGCAUGCGAUUUCACCGACUCCAGAAUGUGCAGAUUGCCUUGGACUUCCUCAAACAGAGACAGGUCAAAUUAGUAAAUAUACGCAAUGAUGACAUCACAGAUGGGAACCCAAAACUGACACUGGGAUUGAUCUGGACCAUCAUCCUUCACUUCCAGAUUUCUGAGAUCUAUGUGAGCGGUGAGUCAGGCGACCUCACGGCAAAAGAGAAGCUGCUAAUAUGGAGUCAACAGGCCACAGAGGGCUACCCCGGUCUCCGCUGUACCAAUUUCUCUUCCAGCUGGAGCGAUGGACGCUUGUUCAAUGCUCUUCUGCACAGAUACAGGCCGGACCUGAUUGACAUGGGAGUGGUUGCGCAACAAAGUAAUCGUGAGAACCUAGAACAGGCCUUUGAGAUUGCGGAGUCGUUAGGGGUUACACGACUUCUAGAUGCUGAAGAUGUCGAUGUGCCGUCGCCAGAUGAGAAAUCUGUCAUCACGUACGUCUCCUCCAUCUAUGAUGCUUUCCCCAAGAUCCCAGAGGGUGGAGAAGGCAUUGGAGCUCAUGAGGUUGACCAGCGGUGGACAGAGUACCAAUCUGGCUUCUCUUCUCUGCUGCAGUGGACCAGGCAACAUACGGCCCUCAUGGCCAAUAGGAGCUUCCCCCACAAUCCUGUGGAACUCAAGGCACUUUACAAUGAAUAUGUCCACUUCAAAGAAACCGAGAUCCCUGCAAAGGAAAGAGAGAAGAGCCACAUUGAGCACCUUUACAAGCUUCUGGAGGCGUGGAUAGAGUUUGGACGCAUUAAGCUGCCUCAAGGGCUACACCCUAAUGAUCUGGAGGAGGAAUGGGGAAAACUGAUCUUGGACAUGUUGGAGAGAGAGAAAGCACUGAGGCCUGCUGUGGAGAGAUUGGAGUCACUCCUACAGAUGGCCAAUAAGAUCCAGAACACGACUCUAGAUUGUGAGGAAAAACUCACACUGGCGAAGAACACUUUGCAGGCUGACAUGUCUCAACUAGAGAAUGGGCAGCCAGUGCGGUGUGAGAAUGAAUUGGGGUUGUAUCUGCAGGACUGUGAGGGUCUAGUCAGACAACUUCACAAUGACCUGCAGGUCCUUCGAGAUCAAAAAUACUACCAAGUGGAGCAGCUGGCUUUCAAGGUGUCAUGUCUGCAGGAGGAGCUGGUCUCUUUGCGCCUGCAAUGUGCCAGUGUAUACAGGAAGGGUCAUUUCUCCACAGGGGGUCUGCUGGGAGAGCACGCUGGUCAAAAGGGUUCGCCAGGAGGUCUGGCUACACUUGGAGCACAGACACUCCUAGGAGCAGUGGGUGCUGCGGCAUCCCUGCUUAGGCGGCCGAUGUCUCGCGCAGAUCUGGUAGCCAUGUCCUCUUCCGAAGAUGAAGGCAGUCUGCGCUUCAUCUAUGAGCUGUUGGGAUGGGUUGAAGGGACACAGGACCUACUGGAGCGAGCCGAGUGGGGUUCUGAUCUGCCGUCUGUAGAACAGCACCUGCAGGACCACCACAUCAUUCACACAGCAGUGGAGGAUCUUCUGAAUAGCCUCAAAGAGGCUCGAAAUUAUGAGUCAACGGUCUCGCCUAAUUUACGUAGCAGUUACUCUGAGACUCUGUCCAAGUUGGAGAACCAGUACUGCAAACUGCUGGAACAUUCGUCAUGGCGACUACGUUGCCUGGAGAGCCUUCGAGCUUUUGUGUCCCACUGCACUGAGGAGCUGAUCUGGCUCAAUGAGAGGGAGGAGGAGGAGCUGGCCUUCGACUGGAGUGACAGCAACACCAACAUGGCUGCCAAAAGAGAGCAAUAUGCUGACAUGAGGUCAGAGCUGGAAGAAAAACAAGAAGUGAUGCGCUCCCUCCAGGAGACAGCUGACCACCUGUGUCAAGAUAACCACCCAGCCAAACAAACAGUAGAGGCCUACAGUGCUGCCCUGCAGACGCAGUGGCAGUGGAUUAAAGAGCUCUGCGUAUGUGUGGAGCAGCACCUCAAGGACAACACUGCCUUCUUCCAGUUUGUGGGUGAUGCACGGGACUGUGAAAGCUAUCUACGUCAGCUACAAGACACCAUUAAGAGACAGUACACCUGUGAUAAAAACAGCAGACUUGGCAGAUUGGAGGAUCUGCUGCAGGACUCCAUGGAGGAGAAAGAACAGUUGAUUGAAUACCGCAGCACAGUGGCCAGCCUUGUGGGCCGGGCCAAGUCGGUAGUCCAGCUCCGCCCACGCAGUGCAGAUAGUAACCUGGGCACCACCACGCCAAUUCGUGCCAUCUGUGACUACCGACAAAUAGAGAUCACGAUCAGCAAAGGAGAGGAAUGUGUAUUGGAGGAUAACUCUCAGAGGACUAAGUGGAAGGUCAUCAGUCCUACAGGAAAUGAGGCCAUGGUGCCAUCUGUAUGUUUCACCAUUCCUCCCCCUAAUCAGGAAGCUAUCGACACUGCCAGCAGAAUGGAGCAGAUGUACCAGAACGUCAUGUCUCUAUGGCACCAGCUGCAUGUUAACAUGAAGAGUGUAGUCUCCUGGCACUACCUGCAGAAAGACAUACAAAAUAUUUCCUCCUGGAGUCUGGACACAAUGCGCUUGCAGGCCCCAGCAGAGAGGCAGCAGGCUUUAAACAAUCUGGACGCCCACUUGUCAGACUUCCUUACGGAUAGUCGUGAGAGCGCACUUUUCACACCGACUGAAAGGCGUGAGCUAGAGAGAGAAGCUGAGAACUGCCGUGAACAUUGCCAAACGCUGCUGGUCUCUUUGGAGACAGUGGAAAAGGAUGAGUUAGCCUCUCGUGCUUACCUCUCAGAGCUGCAGAGCAUCAAGUCACACCUAGAGGACGCAGAGAGCAGGCUGAUGCGUGGCAUACAGACUCCACACCCUAGCACAAUAUCAGGAGAUGUCGCAGACAAUGCGGUUCACAUAGCAGAGCAAGAGAAGCUACAGCGGGAUUUAAAGGGUCUCCAGUCAGAUUUGGGCGAGGUGUCUCGUCGCUGCGUGAGCUUCUUUGAGGAGAAGCCUUCCUCUUCCAGUGUGCCUGUCCUACGUUCUGAGCUCAACCUGGCUGUAGAGCACAUAGAGAAACUCAACUCCCUCUCCUCCGUUUAUCUGCAAAAAUUAAAGACGGUAGAUGUGUUGAUGAGAAGCCUGCAGGCUGCAGAAAGUCAAGUGAGAAAGUAUGAGAGUCGACUGAGUGAAGAAGAUAUUGUGCCUGCUGAUACGGCUGCAAUCCAGGCCUUGGGAGAGCAGUUAAAGAAAUGGCAUUCAGAGCUGGAGAAACAGGAUCACAUAUUCCAGAGUCUGAGUUUAGAGGUCCAGCAGGCUAGAGAGGUCGGAAACCAGCUCAGCCAGCUGCACCCUGACCGUAGCCCUGAACUGGACCGCUACCAGGAGAAAGCAAUCCAGCUCACAGAGAGGUGGAGUGGAUUGCGUAGGCAAAUGGAGACACGGCAAGCAGAUCUUGAGGUGUUGGGUUCAGUGCUGCAGCAGUACAGAGAAGGCCACACUUCUCUCAUCCGCUGGAUAGAGGAGACCACAGAUAAACAGGAGAACACACAACCCGAGCAGACAGACAGCAGAGCUUUGUCAGAACAACUCGCACAGCAAACGGCCUUGGUGGUUGAGAUCGAACAGAACCAGGUGAAACUGGAUGAGUGCCAGACAUACUCUAAACAGUACUGCGCUGCUGUUAAGGACUAUGAACUCCAACUUAUGACGUUCAGAGCUUUUGUUGAAUCAACCCAGAAGUCCCCUGUGAAAAGGAGGAGGAUGCACUCUUCAUCAGAUGUCAUUACACAGGAGUUUAUGGAUUUACGCACACGCUACACAGCUCUGGUGACCCUGACAACGCAACAUGUCAAGUAUAUUAGUGAUGCACUACGACGACUGGAGGAGGAAGAGAAAGAGGUGGAAGAGGAGAGGCAGGCACGAGUGGGGCAGGUCUCAGAGCUGCUUGGAUGGGUAAAAGGCCUACAGGAGCGUGCUGGCAGAACUGCUGAGCCAUCACUUGCUGCACAGCAGGCUAUUAGUGAGCAGUUAGCAGCUAAAAAAGAGGAAGUUGCUGAAGCUAUCAGGAGCACCCAAGUCUUCCUGAUGUCAAAGCAGGCCAGCAAGCUGUCUUCUGAAGAGCGUGCCCAGGUUGUCUCCCAGCUGGAUGAGCUGACAGCUGCCUACACUCAACUGUGUGACAGUUCUGCCGCACAGUUGCAACAACUAGAGGAGCAGCUGGCCAAAGAGGAGAAGCGCAAGGAUCAAGAAGUCAUCGCUGGAGUAAUUGACCUUGGCACCAUGGAAACCUUUCCAGUUUUUCAGGCAGCACAGCGUGGCCUCAUAGAUCAAGACACCUGUCAUGUACUGUUAGAGGUACAGGUUGUCAUGGGGGGUCUAUUUCAGCCUGACUCCCCUGAUUACCUGUCAUUAGAUAAGGGUCUUUCCAAUGGUUUGAUUGAUAAACGUACCUACCAAUCACUGGAAGAGUUAGAGACUGCCCUUUGUCUUGUCAACACAGCAAAAUUUGCAGAGGGUCAGGAAUUAUUACCAGUAGCCACUGCUAUGAAAGAAGGUGUCAUAAAGGAGUUGGUGGGGCUCCGUAUACUUGAGCUGCAGAUAAGCUCUGGCGGCCUGAAGGUUGGUUCCAAUGGAGAAAUGAUCAGCCUGGAUAUUGCAAGGCAGAAGGGAUUGCUAUCCACCGAUCUUUGUCAAAAGCUGCAGUCCUGUCUUCACCGACGAGAACUUAUUGAUCCAAAUACAGCAGAAAAACUAAGUCUGGUUGACUUUCAACAGCGUUGUGUUCUCAAUCAGGAGACGGGUCUGCGCUUUUUUCCAGUUAAACAAAAGCCAGGUGGAACUGUCUGCUUAUGUUCUGGCAGAAAGGUGGGAAUAUUCCGUGCUGUUCAAGAGGGGCUCAUCGACCGUCAUGUCACAGCUCGACUUCUGGAGGCUCAGUUGUUUGCUGGAGGCAUCACAGACCCCCGGUCAGGACACAGAUUGACUGUUAAUGAGGCUGUCCGGCAUGGCCUGAUGGAUCAAGACUUGGCCUGCACCCUCAUGACUCGACAGCUUCAAGCAGGGGGAAUAAUAGAUCCAGUAAGUGGGGACCGUCUAGAGCUGGAUGAGGCCAUACAAAGAGACCUUCUCUCUCCACGCUUAGCCUUACGUGUACUGGAAUCUCUCCAGUCUUUUAUGGCAAUACUGUGGCCAGAAUCAGGAGAGCUACUUCCUGUAAGUGAGGCACUUCAGCAGGGUGUUGUUAAUAGAGAGCUUGCUUCAAAAGCCCUGAGAAAACGUCAUUCUGUUGGUGCAGUAUAUCUGCCUGAGAGUGGACAGGUGGUCCCUCUACAUCAAGCUGAGAAGAUACUUCAACCUCAGGCGGUGGAGAUCCUAAAACAGACCCAGGUUCCAGAUGUCCUUCCCCAUGUGAUUCAGUCAAGUUCCUCAUAUAUGAAGCGAUUGAGUUCAGGAUCUACCUAUUCUUCAUCACCCCCUGCCUCACAUGCAGAUAUCAGUUAUGACUUUUCCAUCACAGAGGAAGGCAGUUCAGAAGAGCAGGUUCAAAACCACCUUCUCACUCAAGUGAUGACGCACAGCUACAUUGAUGCUCACUCAGGAGAACGCCUAGUACUACUAGAACCAGAAAUGGUAGAACUACUAUGUGAAAAUGUUAAAACCACAAACCUAGACAGACCUGUUCAACACAAAAUCUCUGACAACAUUAGAGUUACAAUGUACAGCACAGCUAUGAGUGGGAUUGAAGAGGAUUUGGAAGAAAUUGAAGAACCAAAGAUUAUACAAUAUAAAACUGCCUGCAAGGACUCUUAUGUGGAAGAGACUGUAGAAAUGGCAGGGGAAGAUCUUGCACCCUUGGUGAUCAGUGAAAGAAACUUUAUAGAGCCUUUGGUUUUGCAAGAGAAAUUUCUGUCUUCAGAAGAGUAUGGACAACCCAAGAUAAAAGGUAAAAUUGCCUGCAAGAUCGCUGAUAUAGGAGAGACAAUGGAAAGAACAGAAGAAGAUCUUGCACUGCUGACAGAAACAAACAGAGCCUUUAUAGAGCCUUCAAAUGAAGCAAUUCAGCAAGAAAAAGUUUUGUCAUCAACAGACUAUGUAGAUGUAAAAGAUGACAUUGACAGCAAGAACGCUGACGUGGGUAAGACUAUAGAAGGAGCAGGGGAAGAUCUUGCAUGCUUGACAGACACAGACAGAAUUUUUAUUGAACCUUCACAAGCAGAGGUUUGGCAAGAGAAAGUUCUAUCAUCAAGAGAAUAUAAACAACCCAAAAUGAAAAAAGAUGAAAUUGAGAGCAAUAAGGAUGAUGUGGUUGAGACUAUCAAAAAAGCAGAGGAAGAUCUUCCACACUUGACGAGUAAAGACAGACCCUUUAUAGUGCCUUCACAUAAAGAGGACUGGCAAGAGAAAGUUCUGUCACCAGGAGGACAAGGUAAAAUUGCUUGCAUGGACACUGAAAUAUCGAGUGAAACAUUAGAAAGAGCAAAGGAAGAUCUUGCACCCUUGACAGAAGCAGCCAGAGCUUUUAUAGAGCCUUUACAUAAAGAGAACUUAAAAGUGAAAGUUCUCUCAUCAGGACAUUAUGAAGAGCCCAAGAUCAAAAAAGAUGAAACUGCCAGCAAGACUAACUUGGGUGAGACAAUAGAAAGACAAGAAGAAGAUGUUGCAGCUUUGACAGGCUCAGAAAGAGCAUUUAUAGAGCCUACACAUGAAGUUGUUUGGCAAGAGAAAGUUCUAUCAUCAGGAAAAUAUGAAGAGCCAAUGAUUAUAAAAGGUAAAAUUGCCUGGAAGAACACUGGUAUGGGUGAGAGGAUAGAAAGAGCAGAGGAAGAUCUUGCACCCUUGACAUGCACAGAGGGAAAUUUAAUAGAGGUCUGGCCAUCAGGAAAAUGUGAUAAACCUAAGAUUAAAAAAGAUGAAAUUGACUGGAAGAACACUGAAAUGAGUGAGACUAUAAAAGAAUCAAAGGAAGAACUUCCAACCUUGACAGGCACAGAAAAAGCCUUUAUAGAGCCUUCACAAGUUGAAUACUGCCAAAAGAAACUUCUGUCAUCUGAUCAAUAUGAAGAACCCAAGAUUAAAACAAAACAAAUUGCCAGCAAGAAGACAGAUAUGGAGAAGACUAUAAAAAGUACAGAGGAGCAUCUUGAACCCUCAACAGGGACAGGCCAAUCCUUAAUAGUGCCUUUGCAUACAAGCUCAACCCUACAACAGACUGUAUCAGAUAACGGGACGCUCUCUCAAAAUCAAUUUGGAGAUUCAACAAGAAAAGAAUCUAAGAAAACACUUGAGCUGGAACAAGCAGAGAGUAGUGGGAUAUUUCUAGAAAAAUCUGAACAAAAAUUUUUUGACAUUGAUGAAAGCAGUGCACAUUCUUCAAUCCAAGAUACUGUAAAAUUAGUACAAUACGAUCAGCUAAAUGCCAAAUCAGAUGAAGCCAAGACUGCAAAACAGUCAGAGGAACUAAAGAAAAUGGUUGAACAAGAGGUAAAUAAAGACGUGUUUGAUAAACCUGAGAAAUUAGACCCUUCAGAAAUGAAGACUUUGUCUGUGGAACAAAGUGACGAUGAUGCGAAGCUUGAGAGUAUGGCUUUGGAACUGCAACAAAGUGGUCUUGUAACUGUAGGUGGCCAAAAAGUUAUCUUGGAUGAAGCUCUGGCGCAGGGUUUGCUUCCAGGGCACACUGCUAUUAAACUUAUGGAAAAAGCUGGUCUCUUCAGUGGUUUUCUGGAUAUUAAUGCCUGUAAGUCUCUUAGUGUUGAGGAUGUGAUGCAAGAAGGCCUGUUGGAUGAGGACUUGAUGACCUGUGUAUUUCAUUCAGAGAAGAUUUUAGCCGGUGUGAUUGAUGUGGAGCAUGGUCGGCUCUGCUCAAUAAAGGAUGCUGCUGAUGCAGGCCUGUUGGACUCCAAUACAGCUGAUCGUCUCCUUGAAGCCCAGGUCGUGUCAGGAGGAAUAGUUGACCUGCAGAGAGACAAGAAGGUAUCAGUUACUCUUGCAGCCAACCUUGGGUUGAUUGAAGAGGGUAGGAAUGAGAAGCUUCUUGCACUGGAAAAGUCAUGUCGGGGAAAAUGUUCAGAUGCAAAUGCAUUGCAAACCAAGUUGGCGCUACAGUUACAAAUGAAAGGGGUGGUGGACCCAAAAACCAGAAAGCCAGUCCCACUGGAACAAGCCCUUCAGAUUGGCAUAAUUGGUCAAGAUAUGGCUCAGAAGAUUUUAAGUCAGCAAGUUGCAGAAGGUGGCAUUGUGCAUCAUGGCUCUGGUGUUCGCCUCACAGUUGUGGAUGCACUAGACCUGGGACUAAUGGAUCACACAAUUGCUCCAAAGUUAAAAGCGCUAGAAAAAUCUUUCAAGGGCCAGGAACCAUUUAGUUUAGAUCCAGAUGCUUCACUUCUUCAAGCAUCUACAGGUUCCAUAUAUGACGAUGCAUCAAAAAGCAGGCUUACUCUGAGUGAGGCUGUUUCUAAAGGCCUUCUAGAUGGUGAAACAGCAAACAAAGCUAUGGACUUACCCAAUGUGAAAAGUGGAUUGUUGGACCCUCAUAACGCUCAUAUUGUGCCCUACUCUGAGCUGAUAAACCAGGGUAAAAUUGACAUUGAGACGGGACAGAGGUUUCUUGAAGUGAGAUCUUUCAGGGGUAUUCCACACAAACAAACUAAUGAAAUGAUGACCUUACCACAGGCAAUUAAAGCGGGCCAAGUGGAUCCCAUACCUGCAGCGAGAGUAUUGCAGAGUCAAGCAGAUACGGGGGGUAUCAUUAACAUUUACAGUGGAGAGCGUUUGCCUCUUCCAGAGGCUAUAAAUAAAGGCUUAGUUGAUAAAGACAUGGCUAAAUGUAUUGCAAAAAAUCAAAUCUUAAAAGGGGGGCUGCUCAAUCCAGCCAGUGGGCAAAAGGUCCCCAGCGUCACUGAGGCAAUUGGAUUUGGGCUUAUUUCAACAGAAAUGGCUGCAGAACUUCAACACGACAUGUGCCAUGUAGAUGAAAGUGAGAGGAAAAUAUCAGCCUCUUCAACGAAUGGAACACCUUGUCCUCUCGUUCCUGAGAUGGAAUCAGAUCAGGUCAGCCCUAAUAAAAUGUUACCUGAGAAAAAUCUAUUGAGCAUACCACCACCAUCACCAUAUCUUAGAGAGGCUGAAAUAAAAGAUGCAGAUCUUCUAAAAAAAGAGGAGCUUGAAGUUUUUGACGUCUGUCCUGAUUCAGAAAGCAAGGCAAAAUUGGUUGAUGCAGUAAUGCAGGACCAAAAUGAUACAUCUUUGGAGGUUCUGACUGAAUUUACCUUGAAAGUAGAGAAAAGACUUCAGCAUGCCAUUAAAGAGAUAAAGCCCACAAAAAGCAAAGAUAUCAAAUCACAGCCAAUCCAAAGCCCUGAGCAACCCCAAGAGAUUUCUGAGAUAAAAUGGCAAAGGAUUGAAGUUAAGGACUCAACAACUUUACAUGACCAAACCAUAGAGAUGGAAAUCCAGAGGGAGACAGUUAAUGAAUCUGCAAUUUCUAUAGAUAUUUUCUCAGAAAGCACUGAUAACAGCAGGGAACAAGUCCCAUCUACAGAGCAAACAAAAGGAGAGACAGAGAUCCAAAGGCAGACAGUAAGUGAGCCUGCAACCUCUAAAGUCAUUUUCUCAGACAGUGAUGAUGGCUUGCAAAACAAGGAACCAAACCCUUCUAUAGAGCAAAUAGAAGGAGAUAGUUUUAAGCUAGAAGCAGAUCAGUUGGUGUUAAAAACAGAGGAAAUCAAGGACAGGCAGAAGACUGGAUUGGAUCCUUGUGCUUCCACACCCACAAAGACAGUUAAGGUACCAGGAAAGAAGAAAGGCAGAGGGAAAAAUGGUAAGCAAGCUAAAAUGGAAAUUGCUGAAAAGCCACAAGUUUCAGACACCUCAGCCAGAAUUUCACCUACAGAAAAAGCAGAGGUUGAUGGACAAGACAGCUUUAUCACAAGUCAAAAGCCUAUAAUGAAAGAUGACAAAGUGAAGGUGAUCGAAGUACAGCUAUCAGAGGCAACCCAUGCAAGUGGUGGCAUUGCACCUGUGCCAGAGAGCGAUGAGAAUGUGCAAGGCAAAGAUUUGGAAAUGGGGAUGGAUAGAACUUCUAAUGAAACUGAGACCCCUAAACUUGAGUCUGAUCAUGAAAACAAUGCAAGACAGAAAGAGAAGACUCUAACACGCCAUAGUGUCACAACUACAACAAAAACAGACCAGGGUCAGGAAGCUAUUGAAGAAUUUAAGGACCUUGGCACUGAGAUAUCAGAAAAAAAGAGGAAGAAGAAAAGCAAAAGUAAAAAAGCUAAGCAAGUGUUUAUUGUUGAAGGAGAAGAGAAAAGAGAUGAUGAGACUCAUGAAGAGCAAAAGACUGUGAUCCCUGAGGCUCAACCCGAAAGCAGUCAGUCAGAUGAGAAAGAAAGUGUGAAGCAACUUGAGAAAGCCAACCAGGCAAUGGCACAGAAGGAAAUACUUUUGAUGAAAGCUAAGGAAAGCAUUCUUAGGAAGGUGUUUGAGCGAGGAGUGACCGAAAAACAAGCUGCUGAAGAAUUAGAAGCAAUGCGUCAAGUAGCCAGUAAUGGAGAACGCCGCAUGACCACCCAAGAGGAAACUUUUGUAGAAAAGACAAGCAUUAAGCCUCCUCAAAGUAAGGAGGACAAUAAACUACAGCAAACGGGGCAAGAAAUGAAAGAAAGGGUUGAAAGGUCAGCAUCAAACAUUGCAGAGGAUCUUCUACCUGGGUUUGAUACUGAUGCACGCUCCUCAGCUAAAGCACAGCUUCAAAAACAGAAAGAUCAACUUGACAAGCGUGCAAACACCGGAUUAAGUGGGGAUGAUAUGAAUCAAAAUAUUCCAUCUAAGAAGACCCCUGAUGACAUUGUGGACAUAAACCAGAAAGAGCUAAUUCCAAUCCAGAAUUUAGAAGGGGAAAACAAAGAAAGAACAGCAGAAGAACAAAGCAUUGAGCCAUUAUAUACGGAAGAUGAAAAGUUGAUAGACCCUGAGAUUGAAUUGACCUUGCCAGCAAGUGCUGCAGUGACUGACAGUGAAGUUGCUAAAUCAAUAUCCCUCAGAUGUGUCCUUGACAUCCCAGUAAUGAAGGACUCCAAGGAGCUUCUGUCAAGUGAGGUGCAUACUCCUUUACAAAUUGCCAAAACAUCUAUGAAGAAGGUAAGCAAUGAAGUUCAUCAAGAAAGAGACAAGGAGCCCCCUUUCAGUGAUUAUGAAGCCACAGAUGAACCUUCUAUCCAAGAAUGUAAAACUUCUGGACUUCCCCUUACGGAGGUGCUCCCAGAGUCUGAUAUCAAGCAGAAAAAAGAGGUGGAGGAAUAUGCAAAGGGUUUAGUGGAGAAGCGACCUGAAGAAAUUCAAAUAAAUAUUGAACAAAUAAGCAGGGACACUGCAAAAGCUAGCAAGUCCUCACUUGCCCGCCAAGAGUGCUUAGAGCAUGACCAACAGAUUGUGGCCUUGCUCUCCAUGGUGAGACACAUCGAGGUCCGCCUUAAGCAGCAGCAACAACAGUCUGUUGGUCGAAGUCUCUCCGCACUUGAUGACAUAAUCAGACAGACAGAGGUUCUUUUCCUGGAAAUUAGUGACUUGGAACCAGAAGUGAACAAGGAGACUAAAGCUGCCACACAGUUAGUGGAGUCUCACCCUCAGGAUGUUCCACCUCAGCUGCUUAUGGCCCUGAACAAAGAUGGGCGAAGCUUAACCCGGGCUUACAGUGCAUCUAGGGACCUUGCCAAGAAUACUUUGCAGGGGUUACAAGCACAACGUGAUGCACAAAACGAAGCUGUAAGCAGUCAGCUGAAAUCUUUGGAAGAGCAAAUUAACAAACUUCUCAGCUGGCUUAAGGAAACUGAGACACAAAUGCAGGAAGAAACAGGGGUAGAUGGAAUGACAGUGGCAGAGAUCAGUCGUAAGCUACAGUUGUGCCAGCAUAUACAGAACUCUCUCGCUGCUCGAUCCAAUGAAGUCAGUAAUGUGGCAUUCAAUAUUCAGGUGUUUAUCUCUGAGCAUGCUCAGGACUUGCUUCCAGAUCAGAGCAGGCAUCUCCUUGGACAGCUGGAGCAGCUACAGAGGGUCUUUCACCAGGCCGUUGGUCUCAGUCACGCCAGGGCAGAGGCACUGUCGAUUCAGCAGACGAGAGAGAAUGAACGAAUGAAGAAAGAACAAAAAGAGAAAAUGGAAAAAGAAAAAGAAGAGAAAAUGGAAAAAGAGAGACAAACUAAAAGGGAUAGAGAGGUUGUGCAGCAGCAAAAGGCAGAAUGCUCUGAAAAACUAGAGAAUCUCAAAAUGUGGUUGGCUGGUGCUGCCAGCAUCCUGGCCAAUCAGAGAGCUGGGGUUGAGUCAGAUGACGUCAGCGCGUUACAGCAAAAGCAAAAAGAGCUAAAGGAGGUGGAGAAUGACCUUCAGAUCAAAAGUGACUUGUUGAAUGAGACUAUACGUUCAGUGGAGGAGUUCUUGUCUGACCGGGGUGACAGUCUGAGUCCUGAAGAGAGGGCUAAACUACAGGGUGCUCUUUCACAAAUGAAGGAGCAGCACAGCUCACUUACAAAGUCAAUCCACUCCUCACUGGCUCAAGUAGACACUGCCAUUGUCACAACACUGCAGCAGAACACACAAAGAGCUAAAGCAGAGGAGCAGAUGCAGGAGACACAGGAAAGAAUAGACACACUGCUCAGAGAAUUGUCAUCAUUGGACGACUCAAAGAGGAGGUCACUUGGCAACACCGUAACUGACACCCCGUCAUCUGUGCCACAAGAGAAUGCUCUGAAUUCUCACAGUGACAUGCUUCAGACCGAGCUGCAGCAGUUACAAGCUCAACAGGCUCACCUUCAGCAGGUGGCCCAGUCUGUCCGCUCCCUCCUGGAACAACCCGACUCCAGUGUGCCACCAGAGGAGAAACAACGCUUACGGGCAAAGCUGGAACAACUACAGAGUCAGCAUCAGGAGCGUCUCCAGAACUGUCAGGACAGACUGAGGCGGGCAGAUGCCCUCAGAGACGAGUUUGCUAAGUUUGUUCAGGAGCACGGGAACCUGGGAACAUGGCUGGAUCAGAGUGAGCAAGAGCUACGAUCACUUGGGGAAGGCGAAACAGAUGGAAAGGGCCUAAAAGACAGGAUAGAGGAGCACAAAAAGCUUGCAGAAGAUGUCAUCUGUCACAAAGCAGAUCUGCGCUUUGUGACUAUCUCUGGUCAGAAGGUUCUGGAUUCUGUCCAGGGGGCCCUGGAGAGGGUGGGCAGUCCUGAUCCAGCUCUGGAGGAAACCAGACAUCUAGUCAGUGACAAGCUCCAAGAUGCCACACAGCGCUACAAUUCAUUACACAGCAAGUCCUCAGAACUUGGCACCCGUCUCUCAGGUCUCCUGGAGCAAUACCAGCACUACCAAGAUGAAGUUGGUUCUUUAGACUCCUGGCUGAGCACCCAGGAGCAAAAUCAGAGUGUGUUUAAACCCAGCGGAGAGCAACCAGACACCCAGACAUUGCAGCACACUCUCAGUACUGUACAGCUGUUGCAGGAUGAGUUGGCAGAGCGUUCGGUACAGCUCGAGAAGGUCAAGAGAGCAGGAAAAGAUCUGGUCAGCACUCAGGAGUCCCCAACUCUCAAAAAUGCAGAUAUUAACAGUAUUACAGAUGCUCUGGAAAAGCGCUUUGAAACCCUGUCUGAUUCAAUAUCAGCGAGGGCCACAGAGCUUCAAACAGCUGUUGCUCAAUCAGUCAGUGUUCAGGAGGGGCUUAAAGCACUGCUGGAGUGGUUAGAUGGCCUACCUUUAUCACCUGGCGCAGUCCAGCCCACUGCUCAAGCAGUUCAGGAUGCCCUGACACAAAAUCAGAAAAUACGUCAGGAGCUUCUUUCGAGGCAGGGAAGCGUGGAUGCCACCUUGGACUCUGUGUCCAAGCUUCUGAAGUCUGCAGAUGCAUCGACAGCAUCUGGCCUGCAGGGGGCACUGCAGGACGUGAGUCAGCGCUACACAGCAGCCCAGGCCAAGCAAGCAAAAAGAGAGACUGAGUUGCGGGGACUUUUGCCCAAGUUGGAGAGCUUUGAGCGCCAGAGCGCAGACCUCCGCAGCUUCACGCAGAGUCGAGAAAGGGCUCUCAGCCCAGUAGGCCAACCAGACUGCAGUGUGGUUGACUACAGACAGACCAUAGAGGAGGUGAAAUCAGAAAUUACCCAAGAGUCAAGUCAGUUAAAAUCAUUUAUCGAGCUUGGUUCAGACCUAAGCCAAUCUGGGAUCCUUGCCAAUGUACAAAGCCUUCUGGACACAACCAAAGAGGUUUCUGAGGACUUUGCACACUUGGAAUCUAAUGUCAAUCAGAGAUUUGAUUCCAUCCAGAGCUGCGUUCAGGAACUGUCAGAGUUUCGCUCUCGCUCUGGCUCCCUCCUCAGGUGGCUGCAGUCAGUACAAGAGCAACUUCCUGCCAAAGAGCCUAACCUAAGCACAGAAGGCCUGCAGAGAAGAGCACAGCAGCUUAAAGAUCUGCUCACAGAAUGGGAGACCCAAGGAAGCCAAGUUCAGGAGUUGAACAAGACCAGUUCACAACUUGAGAACUUGAUUAUUAACACCACAGCCCCUAAAAACAAGGCUGGUGUUUCCCAGCUCAAUGGUGCUUCCAGCCCCAACAGUGUUAAUGGCAUUCACACCUGUAAAGACUUGACGGAGAUCCAGGUGGCAGUGGCAGAUGUGAACUGCAAGUAUGAGCAGCUGGGCAGUGACCUGAGGGAGAGGAAGGGUAGGCAAGAGGCCUCUCUUGACCUGCGGCAGAAGGCCAGGCAGGGCACUGAGGCACUCAUCCAGUGGCUGGGCCCCCGUGAACAGAGCCUGGCACAAGGGCAGUCCGCCUCACCCUCACGGCCAGAGGUGGUGCGUGCUCAAGCCCAAGAGACCAAGGUUUUACUUUCUGAGCUUGCUGAGCAUUCUGGGAAAGUGGAGGAUCUCAAGAACGUUCUGAAGCAGCUAAUAACAGAUAAUCCAGACUCUCCUGAAGCUGAGACAUGGAAACGUCAGCUUGAAGACAUAGAUUCACGGUGGACUACAGCCAAUCAGACUGCAGCACAGAGGCAGACUGAAUUGGAGGCGUGUGCUGAUAGGCUGGGUAGUUUUGCAGCAGCAGCCAGUCAGUUAGGACCAUGGCUACGAGAGAAAGAGCUGAUGAUGAGUGUAUUAGGCCCACUGAGUAUUGACCCCAACAUGCUCAACACACAGAAACAACAAGUGCAGUUCAUGCUACGUGAGUUUGAGACACGGCAACCCCAGUUUGACCAGCUGACUCAGGCGGCAGAGGGAAUCCUCUCUCCGACUGGAGAUGAGGGUUCUAGAGAUGGACAGGACCUAGAGGAGGUGAGGCAGGAGCUGGCAGACAUUUCACAUCAAUGGGAAGACCUCACCUCUCGUCUCACGGGCCGCUCUCAGCAGAUCGACCAGGCACAGGGAACCAGCGAGCGCUACCUGGCCCUUCUCAGGGAGCUGUCUCAGAGUGUGGCCAAUCUAGGUGAGAGGCUGGAUGCACAGGCCUCUCUGAGCGCUCAACCCGAAGCCCUACGCCGUAGGCUUCAGGAAACGGGGGAGAUCCGCUCUGAGCUGGAACAGAGACGGGGUCAACUGGCCCAGGCUGAGCAGCUGUGUGCGGAGCUCAGCACAAUUGUGGCCGAACCGUAUCUCCGAGAUGAGUUACACAAGAGACUGGAGAGUGUGAGCGGCCCCCUCAGGAACCUAGAAGAGCGGGCUGCUGAUGGCUUGUCCCAGCUGCAGGCCGCCCUGUCCAGCACUCAACAGUUCCAACAGAUGUUUGACGAGCUUCGUGGCUGGUUGGAUGGGCAGGCUGGGAGCCACACAGCUGGGAUUUCUGAAGCCCUUCCUUGCCAACCUGACAUUCUGAAGACCCUUCUCGCCCAACAUGAGGAUCUCCAGCGAGCCAUAGCACAACAACGUGGAUCCUAUGAGCUCAUCCAGGCUGAAGGGGCAUCUCUACUGGCAUCCCUCCCUGCUGGAGAUGAGCGAUUAGCCCUACAGACUCGAUUAAACACCUUACGGCAAGACUGGGAUGGCAUGAACCAACAGGCCACUGAGAAACACUCUCGAAUAAAAGACAUGCUGUCCCGUGCUGAGCUGUACCAACAACACCGCAAUGAGCUUGUACCCUGGGUUGCAGAAUGUGAGGAAAGGGAGGCAGAGAUCCACCCAUCACUGGAUCCCGCCGCCUUAGACGAGGCUUUGCAAAAGGCUAGACAGUUGAGUCUUGACUUAGAUCGCCGUCGCCCCCUCGUAGAGUCUCUGAACACAGCAGCAGAUCAGCUGCUGGAGCAGAGCUGCACUGGCGAAGAGGAAGUGAGGGAUGAAAAGGCUCAGCUUAAUCGCAGGAUAGACGGCCUCUCUGAGCGACUACAGGGACGCACGGCUCAGCUAGAGGAGUUGGGAAGCAGACUGAAGGAGUUUGAAGAUGGCAGACUGGCUGUGGAGAGAAGACUCGAAGCAGCCAGGCAUCAGAUCGAGGUUCAGGAGGCACUUGGGCCACAAGCUUGUAGCAACAAAAGCCUGGAGCGUUUGCGUAGCCAACAGGAACUGUUAAACUCUGUACAGCCACAGGUGGUAUACCUGCGAAAUCUGGCUCAGGGGCUGCUGCAGGAUGCACCUGAGAUAUCUGGGGCUGGCGAAGAUGGCGGCCAGAGGCUAAUGCAGCAAGCUCGUGAUACGGAAAAAGAGUUUGAAGAAGUUACUGAGAAGACUGAGCAAUGCUGCUCAUCCUUGGAGUCCCGGUUGCAGGGCGUGGGAGAGGUCCAGUCACGUGUUCGAGAUAUUUUCUCCCGCCUGGCUGAUUUGGACGAUGAGCUGGACAGCCUUAGCCCUGUGGGACGAGAUGCUGACUCCUUGGCCUCGCAGGCUGACGCUGUCAGAGGCUUCCUGAGCCGACUUGAUGCCCUCCGUGCCGAGCUGGAAGGUCAUGGUGGGGAAUGCACAACUAUGCUACGUAGAGAGGGGAGCUCUCCUGAUCUUCUGGCCCUCAGGAGAGAAACCGAAGCCCUGAGCAGACAGGCAGGCAAGCUGGCAGAGCGGGGCCAGAACCGUCUGGCACUCAUAGAAGCAGCAGAAGAACGUGUGAAGGAGUUCUACUCCCGACUGGCCGACCUACAGGGGUUGCUGGGACGGGCAGAGGAAGUGCUGAACACACAGGCUGUCGUGGGGACAGAAGUAGAGGUCAUUAAACAGCAGCUUCAAGAAUUCAAGGCAGUGGAAAGGGAGCAGUUUGACAGCAUUCAGCCUAAACUGCAGCAUGUCAACGCUGUGGGUCAAGGUCUCAUCCAGAGUGCAGCCAAACACACCGACACUCAGGCCCUGGAACAUGACUUGGAGACCACCAACCUGCGCUGGAACUCCCUCAACAAGAGGGUUGCUGAAAGAAUCGCACAGCUGCAGGAGGCCCUGUUGCAUUGUGGGAAGUUCCAAGAUGCUCUAGAGCCACUCUUGAGCUGGCUGAGUGACACAGAAGAGCUCAUAGUCAAUCAAAAACCUCCCUCCGCUGAGUACCGUGUGGUCAAAGCACAAAUUCAGGAGCAGAAGCUGCUGCAACGGUUACUGGAUGACCGCCGUGGGACAGUGGAGAUGAUCAGGGCAGAAGGAGAGCGCAUCGCUGCUACGGCUGAGACACAAGACAGAGACAAAAUCCAGAAACAACUUAAGAGCCUUGGAGAAAGAUGGACAAACCUGCUGGAAAAGGCCAGCGCCAGGCAACGGCAGCUAGAGGAGCUGCAGGUGUUAGCGCUGCAGUUCCAUGAGGCCGUGGAGCCCCUCGGGGAGUGGUUGAGCGCAACAGAGAGACGUUUGAGCUCCGCUGAGCCAAUGGGAACCCAGACCUCCAAAAUCACACAGCAGAUUGUAAGACACAAGGCUGUCCAAGAGGAGGUGUCCUCUCGGGAAAAUGAUGUAGACCAUCUUGAGACGCUCAGCCAAUCAUUGUACCCGCUCAGCUGUGUGGCGGAUCGAGAUUGGCUGGGCGAUCGUGUGGCGGCAGUGCGCAACGGGCACACGGAGCUGCGUGAUUGGUGCGAUCGGAGAGAGGCCAUGCUGGAGCAGGCCCUGGCCAAUGCUCAACUAUUUGGAGAGGAAGAGGUGGAAGUCCUUAACUGGCUAGCUGAGGUGGCCCAGAGACUGUCUGAGGUCUCAGUACAGAGUUAUCAGCCGGAGCUACUAGAGCAGCAGCACAAACACACACUGGCUCUUAAUGAAGAGAUUAUCAGCAGGAAGAAGACAGUGGACCAGGCCAUUAAGAAUGGACAGGCUCUGCUUAAACAAACCACUGGUGAGGAGGUCCUGUUGAUCCAGGAGAAGUUAGAUGGUAUCAAAAGCCGCUACGCAGAGAUGACAGCGGGCAGCAGCAAGGCCCUCCGUACUCUGGAACAGGCCCUUCAGUUGGCCACACGAUUUGCUAGCUCACAUGAUGACAUCAAUCAAUGGUUGGAUAGUGUGGAGGCAGAGCUUAACAAUGUUGAGCCAGACACAACACCAGCCUAUCAGGACAGACAGAGGGAGCUGAAGUGUGUGUCUGCUGAGAAGAGGUUAGUUCUGGAUACUGUGAAUGAGGUAGGCAGUGCUUUACUGGAUCUAGUGCCCUGGCGUGCACGGGAAGGCCUGGACCGCCUGGUCGCUGAUGCCAAUCAGCGCUACCGCCAAGCAGAUGAGACCAUCACACAGAGAGUGCAGUUAGUGCAGGCUGCCAUCCAAAGGUCACAGCAGUAUGAGGAGGCAGUCGAUGCGGAGCUGACUUGGGUCGGUGAGACAGAGAGGAAGUUAGCGUCUCUGGGGCCUCUGAGUCUGGAGCCCGAUGUGACUGUGGCACAGCUCCAGGUGCAGAGAGCCUUUAACAUUGACAUCAUCCGUCACAAAGACACCGUGGACCAACUUCUUAAGACACGAGAGGACAUCCUGGAGAGCUGCAGUGAACAGCAGAGAGAGGCUCUGAAGGUGAAGACAGAUUCUUUAAGUGCUCGUUAUGAAGCAGUAAAUCAGAAUCAUGCUGAGCGCUUCUCAGCUCUGGAGCAGGCUCAGGUGCUGGUGGCGCGGUUCUGGGAGACAUAUGAGGAACUUGAACCCUGGCUGGGCGAGACCGAGACUCUGAUUGCCCAGCUACCCCUUCCCGCCAUUGACACAGACGCACUCAGACAACAGCAAGACCAGAUGAGGCUUCUGAGAGAGUCCAUCUCUGAGCACAAGCCACACAUAGACAAACUGCUAAAGAUCGGCCCACAGCUGGCAGAACUGAGUGCCCAGGAAGGAGCAACAGUGAGACAACGUUAUAAUGAAGCAGAGAGACGUUACAUCAACAUCAAAGAGGAGGUCAAAAGUCGAGCCACAGCACUGGAUGAAGCAGUGUCACAGUCUGCCCAGUUCCAUGAUAAGAUGGACCCUCUGUUGGAGACUCUGGAAGGGGCAGUUCAGCGCUUACGGCAGCCCCCUCCAGUGGCCGCUGAGGUGGAAAAGAUCCGUGAACAACUGGCAGAGCACCGGGCUACAGGACUAGAGCUGGACAAACUCCUGCCGUCUUUCAGCGCCCUGUGUGCCCGAGGAGAAGAGCUCAUCAGCCGAGCCCCACACGAUGAUCCUGCUGCCCAGGCGGUGCGUUCACGACUCCUGCGGCUGCGCUCUCUGUGGGAUGAAAUCAGGCAGAGGGCGGAGGAAAGAGAAGGUAAACUUCAGGAUGUUCUAGAUCUCGCUGGAAAGUUCUGGGCUGACAUGGCCGCUCUGCUGAGCACACUCCGUGACUCUCAGGACAUCGUGAAAGAGCUGGAGGACCCGGGGGUGGAUCCCUCACUCAUAAAACAACAAAUAGAGGCAGCAGAGGCCAUUAAGGCAGAGACAGAUGGGCUGAGGGAGGAACUGGAGAUCGUACGAACUCUUGGAGCUGACCUCAUCUUUGCCUGUGGAGAGACAGAGAAGCCAGAGGUCAAGAAAACCAUUGAUGAGAUGAAUGCCGCCUGGGAAGGCUUGAACCGCACGUGGAGAGAGAGAAUGGAGAGACUGGAAGAGGCCAUGACUGACUCUGUGCAAUACCAGGAUGCUCUUCAGGGCAUGUUUGACUACUUGGACAACGCUGUCAUCAAAUUGUGUGACAUGCCAGCUGUGGGGACAGACCUCAGCACCGUCAAACAACAGAUAGAGGAGCUCAAGCAAUAUAAAGUGGAGGUGUACCAGCAGCAGAUUGACAUGGAGAAGCUUUGUCACCAAGGAGAGCUGCUGCUCAGGAAAGUGAGCGACCAAACAGACCGGGACAUGAUUCAAGAGCCUCUCACUGAGCUACGCCACCUGUGGGACAACCUGGUGGACAAAAUCACAAUCAGACAGCACAAACUGGAGGGUGCGCUGUUGGCUCUAGGUCAGUUCCAGCAUGCUCUCUCUGAGCUGCAGUCUUGGCUCAGUCACACUCAUGCCACACUGGACACCCAGCGACCCAUCAGCUCUGACCCCAAGGCCAUUGAAAUUGAGCUGGCUAAGCAUCAUGUUUUAAGAAACGAUGUGCUGUCCCAUCGGUCCACUGUGGAGACAGUGAACAGAGCGGGCUCAGAGCUGCUGGAGUCCAGUCCUGGAGACGAAAUCAACCACCUGAGAGACCAGCUGGAUGAGCUCAACCGAAGCUGGAAGAACCUUCUGCUGAAGACUGAUGAGAGGCAGAAGCUUUUGGAAGCUGCCCUGCAACAGGCGGAGGGUUUCCAUGGAGAGUUGGAGGAGUUUCUGCAGUGGCUCAGACGCACAGAGAGUCAGCUGUCCGCUGCCAAACCCACAGGUGGCCUGCCUGAGACUGCCAGAGAGCAGCUGCAGCAACACAUGGAGCUCCAGGCUCAGUUGACCAAAAGAGGAGAGCAGUAUCAUCGGCUACUGGAUAAGGGAGAGUCCAUUCUUCUGGCCAGAGGAGGGGAGGAUGCUGGACCUGGUGCCACCCAGACCCAACAGAAUCUGGCCAUGCUACAGAACAAGUGGGCCAGUCUGAAUGCCAAAAUGGAUGACAGAAGGGGUAAACUGGAGGAAGCUGUCUCACUGGCGACAGGAUUCCAAACCUCCCUGCAGGACACCAUAAACUGGCUGACACAGGCAGAGCAGACUCUCAACAUGGCUCAGCCACCCAGUCUCAUUCUCGACACUGUCCUGUUCCAGAUAGAUGAGCACAAGGUGUUUGUGAAUGAGGUGAACACUCACAGAGAGCAGGUUCUGGCUCUAGAGAAAGCUGGCUCUCAGCUGCGAUUUGCCAGUCUCAAACAGGAUGUGGUUCUCAUCAAGAACCUGCUGCUCAGCGUACAGGCCCGCUGGGACAAACUUGUGCAGAGAUCACUAGACAGAGGACGCCAUCUUGAUGAGGCCCGCAAGAGAGCCAAACAGUUUCAUGAGGCCUGGAGGAAGCUGACAGACUGGUUGGAGGAAGCAGAGAGCAGGCUGGACUCUGAGCUGGAAAUCUCUAAUGAGCCUGACAAGAUUAAAGUCCAGCUGGCCAAACAUAAGGAGUUCCAGAAGUCUCUUGGCUCCAAGCAGCCAGUGUAUGACACCACAGUGCGCUCUGGAAAGGCCAUGAGAGACAAGGCCACACUGCCAGCAGACACGCAAAAAUUGGAAAAUUUGUUGGGCGAGGUCCGUGACAAAUGGGACACAGUGUGUGGAAAGAGCGUGGAGAGGCAACACAAGUUGGAGGAAGCCCUCUUGUUCUCAGGUCAGUUCGCUGAGGCUCUCCAGGCACUUGUUGACUGGCUGUAUCGUGUGGAACCUCAGCUCGCAGAGGACCAGCCUGUCCAUGGAGAUCUGGAUCUCGUUUCCAACCUCAUGGAUUCUCAUAAGGUCUUCCAGAAGGAGCUGGGAAAAAGAACCAGUAGUGUGCAGGCUCUGAAGCGUUCUGCUCGAGAGCUGAUGGAGACAGGCCGGGACGACACCGCCUGGGUCAAAGUUCAACUACAGGAGCUUAGCAACCGCUGGGAUACAGUCUGUGCCCUGUCCGUUUCAAAACAGACUCGUCUCCAGCAGGCUCUCAAACAGGCAGAGGAGUUCCGCACAGCUGUUCAGAUGUUGCUGGAGUGGCUGUCGGAGGCGGAGCAAACCUUGCGUUUCCGUGGCGUUCUGCCAGAGGAGGUAGAGACUCUACAGGCGCUACUGCACACGCACCGAGAUUUCAUGCAGACGGUGGAGGAGAAAAGAGUGGAUGUGAAUAAAGCUGCUGGCAUGGGCGAAGCCAUUCUAGCUGUGUGCCACCCAGACUGCAUCACCACCAUCAAACACUGGAUCACCAUCAUCAGAGCUCGCUUUGAAGAGGUGCUGACAUGGGCCAAACAGCAUGAGCAGCGCUUGGAGACGGCUCUGGCUGAAUUGCUCAACAAUGCUACAUUACUGGAGGAGCUGUUGUCAUGGCUACAGUGGGCGGAGACCACACUGGUGCAGCGUGAUACUGAACCACUCCCACAGGACAUCCCUCAACUGAAGACACUCAUCACAGAGCAUCAGGUGUUUAUGGAAGAGAUGACCCGAAAACAGCCUGAUGUUGACAAAGUUACAAAGACAUACAAGAGGAAACCAGCAGAACAUCCCAGCAGUCUGUCAGACAGGAGAGGGGCCCGAAAAAACCAGCAGCAGCAGCAACAACAGCCCUCAGUACAGGUAACUGGUGGUAACCCUCGCCUCACCCAGCUCUGCUCCCGCUGGCAACAGGUGUGGCUGCUCGCCCUUGAUCGCCAGCGCAAGCUCAAUGAUGCCCUCGACAGACUAGAGGAGCUUAAAGAGUUUGCCAACUUUGACUUUGAUGUGUGGAGGAAGAAAUACAUGCGCUGGAUGAACCACAAGAAGUCUCGUGUCAUGGACUUCUUCAGACGCAUCGACAAGGACCAGGAUGGAAAGAUCACCCGCCAGGAGUUUAUCGAUGGCAUCUUGGCAUCAAAGUUCCCAACCAGCAAGCUAGAGAUGACGGCUGUUGCUGAUAUUUUUGACCGUGACUGUGAUGGCUACAUCGACUACUAUGAAUUUGUGGCUGCUUUGCACCCCAACAAAGAUGCUUACAGACCCACAACAGAUGCCGAUAAGAUUGAGGAUGAGGUCACCAGACAAGUAGCUCAAUGCAAGUGUGCCAAGAGGUUUCAGGUGGAGCAGAUCGGAGAGAACAAGUACAGGUUCUUCCUUGGGAAUCAGUUCGGAGACUCACAGCAGCUGCGUCUUGUUCGAAUCCUGCGCAGUACCGUCAUGGUUCGCGUUGGAGGUGGGUGGAUGGCGCUGGAUGAAUUCUUGGUGAAGAACGACCCUUGUCGAGUGCAACAUCCAGGACUUAAAAUCCUGCGUUCUGACUCCAGCAGCUCCAUAUCAUCUCGCAUAGUGACAGUCACUCCUGGCUAUUUCUGCUGCAGAGCUCGAGGACGUACCAACCUGGAGCUUCGAGAAAAGUUCAUUCUUCCAGAGGGAGCUACGCAGGGUCUGGCGGCCUUCCGGUCCCGGGGACGGCGAUCCAAACCUUCGUCGCGCACGGCCUCACCCACCCGUUCGUCUUCAUCGGCGUCGCACAGUGCCCACAGCUGCGCCUCUCUGCCUUCUGCACCCGCAACACCCACAGCCUCCUCAAGGUCCUCCCAAUCCCAAUCUCGUGGCUAUGCCAAGCCCUGGCUGGCACACAGUAAAACUCCAACUCCAACCAAGUGCCAGUCCUGCCCAGAGCACAGCCAGACCCCUGGGCAUGAGGGAGGCUCCGCAUCUAAGCUGAAGAGACCAACUUUCCAUUCCAGCCGUGGCUCCUUAACUGGUGAGAACGGUGGAACACCAAUCGCUGCUAAACCCGGACGCUCUGACACCAAACGCACUCCGACCUCGACGAGCGGCCCAGCCAGUCGAGCAGGGAGUCGCGCUGGAAGCCGAGCCAGCAGCCGAAGGGGCAGCGACGCUUCUGACACGUCUGAGCUCAUGGAGACCCGCUCGGCCUGCUCCGAUACCUCAGACACCCCUCGCCGGCCUGGGGCCAAACCCUCCAAAAUCCCCACCAUCUCUAAGAAGGCCCCCAGCCCUAAAACACCAGCGAGCAAGAAAUGAAGUCUCCACCCGACUCUGAGGUGGUUCUGAUUUAACCAGCAGGAGGAGAACACCAACACCUUUCUCUUUUAGAUGACCAACAUGCCCUCCGGACUCAAACCUCUCCAGCGCCCUCCUCUGGGCAACGUCCAACACAGCCGCACACUGCUACACCACCCAGAUUAAUACCUACCAUAAUGCUGCCUUAUUUGUGUUCUACAUCAUGUCCUUAAUUUGACUGACAUUUUGUUUUCUUGAAUGUGCGAUCGAGAGCAUCCUGUGUGAGACACUCAAUUCUGCACCAGGGGUUUUCACUAUUCAUCACUAUGAAUAUGCAACCGCCCGUCACUCUCCAAACCUCAUACAGACAUGCAUGGUUGUCACUUUGGAGAUGUUUGGUUGGUCAAACUCGCCCUCUACACAUGUAAGCAGACCAGCUGGCCUCUCGCCCAGGUGUCUGUACCACUGCUAACAAGAGGAAGUCAAUUAAAAACAAAGACUUUUUCCUCCUCUGCACUUGGGACUUUUUGGACUCAUCUAUGUUUGUGUGAAUGUAUGUGUAUGGUAGUUCCCGACAUGGUAAAUGAACGCAGUAAUAAGGAGAGGAAACGGAGGAGGAUACAUAUCUCAGCCUUGUGACGAGAAGAUUAGAUCCUUCACGUCACAUGUGAUCCUUUUAAAGGAACUUCUAUUGCGCACAGCACACGAGUUUCACGCACUCGCUCCCACAGUCUUCUCCUCUGUGUGUUCAUGCAGUCUAGAUGUGUCCUUUUGUUACAGACAUCAUGUUACAGAGCUUUUCCACAGUAUGCAAAAAUGAUUACAAUUGUGAAUGUUUGUGUCUCAUGGUUAAUUUAUAAUCUUGACGUUUUGUUUCUUUUCUAGAGUAAAGACCUGUAUUUAUUUGUGAUUGCAGUAUCAUAUCAACUCUCGAGAAUGACUAGUAUUAACACAAGCGGAAUCACUCUUCUUUUUUGUUUUUGUACAUCCGCUCCUGACGUAAUGAAUUGCUUUGACUGAUCAUUUCUGAUGUUAACUGACCAGGAAGCUUACUGAUUCCAAUGGUGGCCUUUUUGCCGGUGACUACACACUUUAGAUGACGUCAAAAGUGGCUUCCUACUUGUUCUUUCGUGAAGGAAGCACCCUAAAUAAUGGAUGAUGGGGGCGGCUUGUGUAGCCCCCGUUGAAAACAGCGCUUUGAAUCUUGUCUUUGACAAGCUGAAGUAUAUGAAUACCUGAAGAAAGGUGAUUUUUAUUUAUUUAUUGUGUCAUUGGGAGGGGGGUGAGGGCUAUGAAAGGAUCCACCUUUUGAUUGUGUUACUCUUUUGACAUGACUGAGAGAAACAGGGGUGCAAUUGUGUAAAAGUAAAGAAGCUAUGAUUAUAAAUCCUUUUUGUUCUCUUUUGUAUUAAAACAAUGCUUGCAGUAAAA